CUUUCAAUUGUGGGCCCAAUGGGCAUUCAAUUGUGGGCCCAACUUUUGUUUUUAAAAGAGAAUUACCCUCCCACGCACCGUACUCUUUGGUUCAACGUCCGCGCCGCCCCAGCUCCGUCGCCGCGCAAUGGCCGCCGCCAGUGACAGAAGGAUGAGAGGAUUCAACCGGUGGAUGAAAUAUAACGGCAUAGAAUGUAGCGAUGCCCUCCUCCUCUCAGCUGAAAAUGGCGAUACCGAUGAUUCCUCCCGGGCACUGUCGAUCUCUGUGAAGGCUUUGUGCGAUUUGAAGGAAGGCGAUGUCGUUGCGACGAUUCCCAAACAGAGCUGCCUCACCGUCAGAACUUCCGCCGCCAGCAGCCUCGUCGAGGAGGCCGAGCUCGACGGCAAUUUGGGUCUGGUUGUUGCUCUCAUGUACGAGAAGAGCCUCGGCCCCCAAUCGAAAUGGUUCCAGUACCUCCAGAUACUGCCAUCCUUUGAGCCAAUUCCGUUGCUUUGGUCCCUCUCUGAAAUUGAUUCUCUCCUCACCGGCACCGAACUACACAAGAUAGUUAAGGAAGACAAGGCUCUGGUCUAUCAAGACUGGAAGGAAUGUAUCAAACCACUAUUGGAUUUGGAUUCUUUUCAGCUAAAUCCAGAAUUUUUCACUGCUGAUGAAUACAUUGCCGCAAAGAGUCUAGUUGCUUCACGAUCGUUUCAGGUAGAUGAGUACCAUGGUAGUGGGAUGGUUCCUUUGGCUGACCUCUUUAAUCACAAAACAGCCGCUGAGGAUGUACAUUUCACAUCUGUAUCUUCUAGUUCAGAUUCUGAUGCUGAAUCCGGUAAUGGAAAAAGAGAUGCUGAUGAUGAAAAUGAUGGAGAUGAUGAGCCCAUAUCUCCUCAUCCAGAAACAGAAUUUUCUGGUGGAAGCUACCUGGAAAUUUCUUCAAAUUCAGGAAAUGAAUCUACGUAUCUGGAAAUGAUAAUUGUUCGAGAUGUCAAAGCUGGAAGUGAGGUGUUCAAUACAUAUGGAUCCUUGGGCAAUGCUGCACUUCUGCAUAGAUAUGGAUUUACAGAACCUGAUAAUCCAUUUGAUAUUCUGAACCUAGAUCUAGAUAUUGUAGUUCAGUGGAGUUCAUCUUUGUUUUCAUGUCGUCACAGCAGAAGAAGGCUGUCAGUCUGGAGAAGGUUGGAAUAUUCUGGAUGUGUCAGUGAAGAUUCUGAAUAUUUUGAAAUAUCAUAUGAUGGGGAACCUCAAGUGGAGUUGUUGGUUUUACUUUACAUAAUGUUGUUACCUGAUGAGGAAUUUCACGAACUUGAUCUUGCAUUAUCGGCCACCGGAGAGGUCAAAGAGACUCCAAGCCUCCGCUUGCUGGGAAAGGAGAGGUUUCUGUCAUCUGAAGACUCAGAAGCAAGUAAGAAGUUGUUGCUGACACGUGGUGUUUGCCAAGCUCUAUUUUCACUUGCAGAUGCUCGGGAAAGUUUAUAUGGUCCAAAUUCUUUGGACAACGACAUAAAAUCAUUCACCGAGAGUUCUCAUAUAACUGACCCUAAAUUGUACCACUCUUUAACGCUGCGUAUCAGUGAGAGGAGGAUAAUUGAAAGACUUAGAUCUUUUGCUGAUUCUGGGGCUGGAAUUUUGAGAACUGCUGUUGGAACAAGAAAGAGGAGAAGAGUGGAGAGGACAUGAUUUGUCAUGUGCUGAAGGCUCAGAGUUCCUUUUUCAGUUAUUUAUUUUCUUAUAUAUCCGACUAUCAUACAUGCUGAGCUAUAAACUCCCAGAGCAUACAACUUAGUUCUUUCAGUCAGAUAUUUUGCCAUUGAUUCACCCUUACAGGUGUUGAAGCUGGAUAAACAUGAGCAGCACUUCUUUGUUCAUGCAAGUCUCCUGGUGAAGUAUGGGACCUGAAAGAAAUUGCUUGAAAUUGAAUCCUGGAACAUGCUGGUGGUGUAAUACGAGUCAAAUAGGGAUUCACAGAGAAAACUCCUGGUGCUAUGGUAAUUGCAUCAUCGAACAACACAUUUUCUUAACAUUGCAGAAGCUCAGAUGAAUAGCAGGCAAGAUUUUCAGCAACCUUUACCUGUUCAACAUGUUUUAUAAUGUUCAUUAGCGGCAAAACAGUGUUAAUUCAUAUGCAAGGCCAAGACAAUCUCACCCCAACUGAGGUAACAUCCUGUAAGUGUGCUAUUUGGGAUCUGGCAUUGAUGUUGAACUGGUGUUGAUCAGUGCUGCAGAACACAUGGGAGCACAUUGUGCUCUUAGCUGUCUUAAGCUUUAGGGAAAUGAAAAUUAAUAAUUUUGGUUCAUACAUAUUUUUUGACAUGAAGCAAGUGAGACAGGUAUCAACUGCAUUAUUGUCUCGUGUUAGUUCGAUCUAAAUAUGUAAGCCCUCUUGAAAUUCACGCGGCUAACUUGGUGUUUGUUUUCGUAAUAUUUUACUCAUUUUGUCGUUCGAUUCAUAUGAAUUGACAACUUUAAACUGUUCUUAGAUUUUACAUUGUUUUCGUUUCUAGUGGCUAUUUAUCCAUGUUUAGAGAUAGGACUGUGAUUGAAUUCAUCUUGAUAUCUAAGAUGAUGAUUAGACUGCGAUUGAGUUUAUCUUGACAUUUGCACGGUCUCUAGAUUGAAAUCAUCAUCAGUUUGGUCCCAAGCCAACACUUUAGU